ACCUUCCGAAUACACCAACCAUACCUUGCGCAACAUACCUUGACGAACCCAUUCAAUAUCGCAGCGACUUACACCGGAUCAGUCCACUCUCGAUUGUUCACUAUCGACCAUGAUGAAUUUCUUCAUGGGCGACUUCGGCAUUGGCCCGUCAUCGGAUAUGGCCACGAGCAACAGCAGCGCAACAGGCGCAACAGGCGCUCCUACCACUGGCUUUCAGUCCAUACAGCAAUCUGUCGACACGGUAGCGGGAAUUGCGAUCGGUCUCUUCAUUGCCUACUCCGCCUACAAGAACCUCUCCGAAGCCUAUCGUAGAGGUGAUCCGUACAGAAAGGCGCCUCUCCCGCCGAGCCCGCCGGGCGACUUUCUCCUUGGCCAUUAUCGUCAUGUUCCGGAGGACGAGUCCUUCCGCAAAUACUCGGAGUGGUCGAAGAAAUACAACUCCGAUGUGCUGUACUUUGAGACACUCGGCACUAAAUGGGUCGUCCUCAACUCCUACGAAGCAGCCCAUGAACUGCUCGAUGUCCGUGGAAGGAAGUACUCGGACCGUCCCCGCUUCGUGAUGUUUGAGGAAAUGGGAUGGGCGCCCACCCUCACCUGGCUCCGUUGGGGGCCCCAAUGGGGUCUCCAUCGAAAGGUUCUGUCGCCUCCUCUCACCAAGAUCGGCUGUGUCUAUUUCCAAACCCUGCAAAGGAAGCAGGCAAUGAUCAUGUGCAAGAAUCUGAUCGAGAACCCCAAAGAGUGGAUGUCCGCUGUCACUCAUUUUGCCGUGGCCAUAAUUAUGAAGAUCGCUUAUGGCAUCGAUGUUGACACUCCCACGGAUGAGUGGGUCAAGCUAGCCGCAGAGGCUUCCGAAGCUGUUGGCAAGGCAGGAGCUCCAGCCAGCUCGAUCAUGGAUCGCAUUCCGUGGACCCGCCACCUUCCCGACUGGUUGCCGUUCAUGGAGCGUCUCAAGUAUGCUCACGAGAACAAGAAGGCCAUCCAGGAUAUCACAGAGCGUCCUUUCAACGAAUCGAUGUCGGACUACCCCAUUCGCAAGCUCAAGGAAUGCUUUGUGCACAGAAUGCACUAUCUCCGGGGGGAGGACGCUCGUAGAAACAGGCAGAACGUCUACUAUGAGGAGGAUAUCAAGGGAGGAGCUGCGACCAUGCUCAUCGCCGGCAACGAUACCACUGCCUCGACUGUCAACCUCAUCAUUCUUUACUUGGUCAAGCACCCUCGCGUUCAGCGCCGCGCUCAGGCGGAGGUCGACUACAUUCUACUCACGACCGGUGUUCCCACCGAGCCCGUAGAGGAUUACCGCCCCACCACUCCCGCACCCUGGGCCGCGUCCUCCAGCAACCGCGCCGGAACCAUCCGCCUUCCCACCUGGGAGGAUAUCCCCAAAUUCAAAUACGUCAAUCUCAUCCUUCAGGAGGUCUACCGAAUCAACCCGCUUUCCCCGCUCGGCAUCCCCCAUGCCAGCGUCAAAGAUUCCAACGACAUCGACCCCGAUGGCGACGACACCUACAACGGAAUGCGGAUCCCUUGCGGAACCAUUGUCUACCCCAACGUCUGGGCCAUGAACAGAGACGAGAAGCGUUAUCGUGAGCCGGAGCGCUUCUUCCCCGAGCGCUACCUGCCCAAGGAGGAGGGCGGCUGGGGCGAGCCUUUCCCUGUUGGCAACUUUGGUUUUGGACGCCGUGUCUGCGUGGGCCAGCAUCUGGCGGAGAACAGUUUGUUGAUCGCCAUGGCGAUGAUGUUGGCUACCAUGGAGUUUGAUCUGCCUAUUGGACCGGAUGGUAACCUGAAGGAUUUUGAGCCGGAGUUUUCACAUAAGGGACAGUCGAUUGUCCUCCCCUUCAAAGUCUCCAUCAAGCCUCGCUCCCCGAUGGUAGACGAAUUGCUCGACCGCCACAUUCUGGUUGCCAAGAUGGCUGAGAAGGCUGCGGAGGAUGGCAAGCAGGCUCGUCCUAGUCCUAGCGCUUAAGUUGUUGCUAUAAUAUGGUACAACCAAAACUGGCGAGUCUAAUGAACGUGGAAGCAUUCUUGUGGAGGAAUUACAAUCCAUCUAGUGAUAGAUGAAAGUUCGGACAUGGAUGGCGUUCAACAGGUUGGCUUAAGCUCUCAUAUCGAAGAGAUUGUCAAGGAAAAGGACAAGGAAAAGGAGUACUGGGGAUUUGAUGGUCGAACCGUCGGCUAUGGCGCUCACUUGAGCAUAGGCAGGAGUGAUGGUAUGGUGUUAGUCCUAACUCGGAGAUUGAGUAAAGCCAACAGUCAAUUACCUAUUACAUAGAGGUAGUGGCUUAGAUAGACUCAUUAAAACCCGG